UCAUCACCAUCACGUGAUUGGCUAAUACAAAUAAAUUUCUCUUUAUUUUAUUAUUUUGCCACAAGCCGUGAAAAGAUGGAGAAAAUGAAUGUUCGUUUUAUGAUUUUGUUGAUGGUGAUGUCUCUGGUUCUGGGUUUUUCGUCGGCAGUUGAUUUCAGAUUGAGGAAAACUGCAGGAUUCUCAGGUAGAUUCACCAGAGCUGUCUCUUCAGUCGUGUUCCCAGUUCAUGGGAAUGUUUAUCCUCUUGGGUAUUAUAAUGUUACCAUCAACAUAGGACAACCACCAAGACCUUAUUAUCUCGAUCUUGAUACUGGUAGUGAUCUCACUUGGCUCCAAUGUGAUGCUCCUUGUGUUCGUUGCUUGGAGGCGCCUCAUCCACUCUAUCAGCCUAGUAGCGAUCUUAUUCCUUGCAAUGAUCCACUGUGUAAGGCUUUGCAUUUGAAUAGUAAUCAGAGAUGUGAGACUCCAGAGCAAUGUGACUAUGAGGUUGAGUAUGCUGAUGGAGGAUCUUCUCUCGGUGUUCUUGUUCGAGAUGUCUUCUCUAUGAACUAUACAAAGGGUCUCCGGCUCACUCCCCGUCUUGCUCUAGGAUGCGGAUACGAUCAAAUCCCAGGGGCAUCGAGUCAUCAUCCUCUAGAUGGAGUACUGGGACUAGGUAGGGGGAAAGUAAGCAUUCUGUCACAGCUUCAUAGCCAAGGUUAUGUCAAGAAUGUUAUCGGUCAUUGCCUAAGCAGUUUAGGUGGAGGAAUUCUCUUUUUUGGCGAUGAUCUUUAUGAUUCUUCAAGAGUCUCUUGGACACCAAUGUCGCGUGAAUACUCAAAACACUACUCUCCUGCAAUGGGAGGGGAACUUCUAUUCGGGGGAAGAACAACGGGAUUGAAGAAUCUAUUGACAGUCUUUGACAGUGGAAGUUCUUACACAUACUUCAAUGCCAAGGCGUACCAAGCCUUAAAGAGAGAACUAAGCGGAAAACCGUUGAAAGAAGCACGUGAUGAUCACACGCUGCCUCUAUGCUGGCAAGGACGUAGACCAUUCAUGAGCAUUGAGGAAGUCAAGAAGUAUUUCAAGCCUCUAGCUCUUAGCUUCAAAACAGGCUGGAGAUCAAAAACUCUGUUUGAGAUACCCCCAGAAGCUUAUCUAAUCAUUUCUGUGAAGGGGAAUGUAUGUUUGGGAAUCUUGAAUGGCACAGAAAUAGGUCUCCAGAACCUAAACCUCAUCGGCGAUAUAUCGAUGCAAGAUCAGAUGAUAAUCUACGAUAACGAGAAACAAUCAAUCGGGUGGAUGCCAGCGGAUUGCGAUGAACUUGCUUCACUAAAAGCUGCUCAAUGCCUUACUCGAAAGUCGAAACAAUCACAACUUUACCACAAAUAUCUCCGUUGCCGGCGAAUUCACUUGCUCACUCUCUCGACUCUGAAAGAAGUCCCAAGUUUCUCUCUUUCUCUCUUUCUCUCUUUCAUGGCUUUCUCAUACUCCUUAACUUCGCCAUCACCAAAUUCGACUCUCUCCUAUUCCAAUACCCAUCAAUUUCUCAACCCGUCUUCUUCGUUUCCCGUCUCAUUAUCAGUCUCAUCUCCGAAGAAUACCCGCCAUCUUCGUCUCCUCAUCACCUCUGCUUUGAAUCCACAGACGGGACAGCCGACGAAGAAGGCCUCCACUGGUAGUGAUAAGAGUAGUAGUACGAAUAAGAAACGGAAGAAAAAGGGGAAAACUGCGAAACCUGUGGAGAACUGGGAAUUGAGAGAUUCAGAAGACGCUUUUGAGGAAGAUGAUGAUGCCGAUUAUUCUAAUUCUUCGAGGUCUCUAGCAACAUUUAACUCUCCUCCUACCAUACCCAAACCACCUGCUGGGUUUGUGAUUGAUGAAACUGGUAGGGUUCUUAUGGCCUCUAAGAAGCGUAUCGCCACUGUGAUUGAUCCAACAAACAAUAGCCCUUUGGAUUGUGUGAUAAGAAGAGUAUUUACAAGUAGUAAAGGAGAGGAUUGUAUGCUUCUUUGCCCUGUGGAUACGCCAGUUCAGAUUUUGAAGAGCACAAAUAUUGAUGGAUGGUCAGCUGUCAGUGAUGAAGAGGUUGAAUCUCUUCUUCCUGCUGCUGCUUAUGCUCUUGCAAAGAUCCAUAUGCAUCUAGUACACAGCGGGUUCUGUUACACUGCAAGGGGAGGCUUUUGCUACACCGAAGAUAAUGUCUUUGAUUUUCGCACAGAUGAUGGCCAGGAUGUUGAAGGCUUGCCAACUGAAGGGGUUGAGAUUACGUGUUUCCAUUUGGAUGGAUCACACUAUAUGGUCUACACACCUUCAGAUCCACUUCUCUUUGUUGCUGCUAAGGAUCAGAAUGGGCUGCUGCAAAUCGCUGAUGAUGAGCUCUUAGACGAUCCAGCUGUGAUCAGCGCCAUAGAUGAGGAAACCGAAUUCAAUGCCUUGGUGGAGGAAGAGGCGGCUCUACUGGAAUCACUGCUUGGGGAAAGAAUUUAAUGUCUUCAUAGGGACUACUUAGCUUUCUUUUUGUAUUCCAUAAUUGCAAUGCCUUGUAAUUUAAAAUUUCUCUUAUCAUUUUGUUUUUAUAAAAACUCAUUUUGCCU